AUGAAACAGUGUAACGCCAAUUCUUCCAUAGCGGAUAUUUUACCGGACAGUUCCACCUUUUUCUUAUUAGCUAAUGUGUCUAAUGCGCAAGGGGGCUCGGAGACAACUGCCGCGCGACUCGUCAUUUGCACACAUCGACAGCUGUCCUCACAGCAGCUUCAGCAGAAGAGAACUCAACGGGUGUUUGGUAAUAUUGAAAGGCAAAUCAGGCAAAAAGAAAUUAUUUUAACUCCUGAUGAGUCUUACGAAACUUUUCGCGGUGUUGGAACUAUUUUAAGGUUGGGUCAAGACUUCGACUUUUAUGACUGGAAAAUCAGUGUAAAAUCAGUUUUGAAGAUCCCUGGUUCCUGGCAUUUUCAAUUUAAUUUGUCGAAAAGGUUUAUGAUCAGAAAAGACCACAACAACCGGGUUGCUGUAAAGGGAGAACCCAAUUACGAUACCGACACUAUCAACUUUGGUAAUGUAUUCAAGACUGGUAAAACAGCUAGUGAUAUUGAACCAACGAAGUUAAAUGUUGGAGCUGAAGUCAAACCUGCUAAGUUACAGGACAUUAACAAAUUGCUGGUCAAACAUCUUGGCAUUGAAUGGCGUAACCGAAAGUUUCUUAAUUUUUUCUUAAAUCUCUUAGCUACAGACGCUGGCCAACCCAAUGACAUCCCAGACUCAACUCAGACUCAUUCUUCAACGGAAACUGAUGAUGAGAAUACUCUUAUGGAAGAAAUAACUGAUGAUCAAAACAGUCGUUUAAAUGUUUAA